UCUUCCGCCACGUGGAAACAACCAUAGUGCGUGCAUUUCGUGCAACCGGGAGGAUAAAGACGAUUACAGACAGAAAAAAUGCCGAAGCAUAACGAUAUAAUAAAACCCAAGACAAAGCGCGCCAAACGCUUCUUGGAUAGCAGAGCGCCCAAGCUGAUUGAGGAUGUGAAGACCGCCAUGAUUAUGAAAGGGGGCAACUCCAGUCUGACCGUCACCCAGGCCCUCAAGGACAUAUAUUCACUGAAGAAGCCCAAUGCUGUGCUGUACAAGAAGAAGAACAUAACGCGUCCGUUUGAGGACUCGACAUCCCUGGAAUUCUUCUCCAAGAAGUCCGACUGCUCUCUGUUUCUGUUCGGCUCCCACAACAAGAAAAGGCCCCACAACCUUGUGUUUGGUCGUCUGUUUGACUUUCACGUGCUCGAUAUGGUUGAACUUGGAAUUGAGAAGUACGUCUCUCUGAGUGAACUCAAGAACAGCAAAUGUCCCGAGGGCACCAAGCCGAUGCUGGUGUUUGCAGGGGAGGCUUUCGAUUUAGACAACGAACACAGGCGUUUGAAGAGUCUGUUCAUAGACUUCUUCCGGGGUCCCACCGUGUCUGCGGUGCGUCUAGCGGGUUUAGAACACGUUCUGCACUUCACAGCCGUAGAGGGGAAAAUCUACAUCCGCAGUUACAGGUGUCUGUUGAAGAAGUCUGGGUGCCGCACGCCGCGGAUAGAGCUUGAGGAGAUCGGGCCGUCGUUCGACUUGGUCCUAAGGAGAUCACAUCUGGCUUCAGAUGACUUGUACAAGCUGUCCCACAGACGACCCAAAGCUCUGAAGAUCAGGAAGAAAAAGAACAUUUCCCGCGAUGCCUUCGGCACCAAGUUUGGCCGGGUGCAUAUGCAGAAGCAGGAUCUGUCCAAGCUCCAAACGCGCAAGAUGAAGGGCCUGAGGAAGAGGGGGGCAGCCCCAGUCACCGCAGAGCAGGACGCACAGGAGCCCAAGGUGGCCAAAGUGGAGAGCUGAGGUGGCUUCUACGUCCUGGACAAGUCACCUUGUUUACCAGACUGACCAUGUGCUUAGCAUUGCCAGCUUGUGCUGGUCAGGAGCGGCACUCAGAUCUAUUAUUCCUUCCCCCUAUUGUUGUGUCCUCUCCCCCCUUUUGUUUUUCUCCUUGUGACUUUCAGAUACUACUUUGUCUUGAAUAUUAUGAGUGUGAUGGCUCGGCUCCCCGAGAGAACCACAAUAACAGAAGAAAAAAGUCCAACAAAUGUUUUCCAUUGGCAGUUGUCUGCCUGAAAUUAGCAGUAUUUUCAUUUUGUGAGUUUGGAGUGUGCAACAGUUAAAUUUCACCAACUGCACUCACUUAACAGGAAAUAAAGCCGUUUUAAUUUUG